AUGGCGCAGGAUAUGCCCCCCAAAGGCGGGUACGAACCCGUCCAGUACAAGCGAAAUCUGCCAGCGAAAGGGUUUCGACCUGGCGUUUUACUGCUUGGAGUCGGAGCAGUAAUGGGUUUCGGCUGGUACAAGCUGAUUGGAGGCAUUCGUGAGGCCAACGAGCUGGCGCGCGAGAAGAUGUGGGCGCGUAUCAACUUGAUCCCCCUGCUGCAGGCCGAAGAAGACCGUGACCAAGUACGAAGGCAUUGGGCCGACAAGAAGCGUGAAAAAGAGCUGUUGGGCGAAAACACCAAGGUCUACAACAAUGAGAGUCGAUUUGUCCGGCCGACUUUUGCGGUGUCUCCUGCGCCCUCGAAAUAA